UAGAGUUGAGCCGCGCACUUCCAAACUCACACAAGUCGUGCCAUUUUUAACCAACAAAAACCCAGAUCCUUCUUCUUCUAUUACUUCUUCAUUUUCACCUUCCCUCUAAUUUUCUCGAGAAAAUUUCAUCUCUGUUUUUUUCUCGAGAAAAUUCCUCACACCAACAUCAACCACCACAACAACUUCAUCUCUGUUCUUCAAUUUUUCCAUUUUCCGCUUCAUCUUCUGCUGUUUUCAUCGCCGUUGAUUUUGUAAGAUUCCUCUUGUCUCGAUCGAUGUCUUUCGUUCCUCCUCUUCUGAGCCUACUAUCGCCUUCUCUGCUUAGGGUUUUCACACAAGGUUGACGUGCCUGUGCGGAUCGUUGCCAGUGGGUUUGGCGUUGUCCUCUGAAGCUAAAGCAUUUACCUUUCACACUCAUUGUUUCUGAAUUGAAAUGUUAGGCUUCGAAGGUCCUGGAACUAGUGAUGAAAUUAGAGAGAGCUUUGAAAAUUCUGAAGAUGAAAGACCGCUGUCCAAAAUUGGGAACCUCAAGAAAAAAGCAAUAAAUGCUUCCAAUAAAUUUACUCACUCUCUUAAGAAGAGAGGAAAGAGGAAAAUUGACUACAGGGUUCCUUCAGUAUCCAUAGAGGACAUACGAGACGCAAAAGAGGAGAGUGCUGUCCAUGAAUUGCGUCAAAAACUUCUCGAGAGGAAUUUAUUACCUUUUAGGCUUGAUGAUUAUCAUACUUUACUGAGAUUUUUGAAAGCUAGAGAGUUUAACAUGGAAAAGACAAUCCGGAUGUGGGAAGAAAUGCUUAAUUGGAGAAAGGAUUAUGGAACUGAUACUAUUCUAGAGGAUUUCGAAUUUGAAGAGCUUGAAGAGGUGUUGCAGUAUUAUCCUCAGGGAUAUCAUGGAGUUGAUAAAGAAGGCAGACCAGUUUACAUAGAGAGACUGGGGAAAGCCCAUCCAAGUAGGCUCAUGCAUAUCACUACGAUAGAUAGAUACUUAAAGUACCAUGUGCAAGAAUUUGAAAGGGCACUACAAGAAAAAUUCCCAGCUUGUACAAUUGCGUCUAAGAGAAGAAUCUGUUCAACGACAACAAUAUUGGAUGUGCAGGGCUUGGGCAUGAAAAAUUUCUCCCGCACUGCUGCAAAUCUCUUAGCUGCAAUGACAAAGAUAGACGGUUCUUAUUAUCCUGAGACAUUACAUCGAAUGUAUAUCAUCAAUGCUGGUUCUGGUUUUAAGAAGAUGCUCUGGCCUGCUGCUCAGAAAUUUCUUGAUGUGAAGACUGUUUCCAAGAUUCAGGUUCUUGAAUCUAAGUCAAUUGGAAAGCUACUUGAAUUCAUUGAUUCAGAUCAGUUGCCAGAUUUCCUAGGUGGCUCAUGUACAUGUAGUGGUGUUGAAGGAGGAUGCCUUCGAUCUAAUAAAGGUCCCUGGAACGAUCCCGAUAUUAUGAAGGUUGUGCAUAAUGCAGGAGCUACCUUUGUAAGGCAAGGCUCAAGAGUGGCCAAGAAUGAAGCAAAAUUUCACUCCCGUGCUCAAAUACCUUCAUUGAAGGGAAGAAGUAGUGAUAUAUCGUUAGCGGAUUCAGGAUCAGAUAUUGAUGACCCAUACUCCCCACUGGAGCGUGCUGGCUCUUUGGUUCCUUGUUUGGCCCCAGUUCACGAAGAACAUAGGGCAGCAGACCCUAAUGCUUACUACAGUUGUGAUGAUGAUUUCCUACCUGCUAGGAUGGUAACCGACAGUGACCAAAGAGUUGGAGGUUCUCAGGGUCCAUCUCUUGAAAUAAUAGAGAAUGCGAAUCUCUCGAACAAAGAGACAUCAAACACAGAAGACACCGUAGCUAAUGAGCAUGAAAUUCUCAAGCAAAAACUUGAGAAAAGGAACCUUCAGUCUAUAGGGAGAGUUCUUAUAUCAUUCUGGGUUAAAUUGGUAGCUGUUGUUCGUAGUUUACAGUUUCAGUUUUGGAAAAGACAGAACAACAUAUAUCCUUCCAACACAGAACACAUUACAAAUAACAAUGCUACUGCAAUCCAAGGGGUAAACGAAGAAGAUUAUGUCAGUCCAUGUUUACAGCGUCUCGAGAGGCUAGAAAAAAUAUUUGUAGAGCUGAGCAACAAGCCUGCUAAAAUUCCUUUGGAAAAAGAGCAUUUGCUUACUGAAUCUUUGGACAGAAUCAAGUCUGUUGAAUUUGACCUGGAGAAAACGAAAAGAGCACUCCACGCUACUGUUUUAAAGCAACUUGAGGCAGGCGAGCUGCUGGAGAAAUUACGGGAGUCCCGAUGUCAACAGAGAAGAUUUUUGUGCUAGGAUUACAAUGGUCAAAUGAGAAAUGGCUACAAACUCUAUAAUAGCCUUGAAACAAAGCACGCGGUAUAACAAAAUCCAAUGGGUAAUUGGUGGUGCCAAUAUAAACAAAGAGAAGACAGACAGAGAGAGAGAGAGAAAGAGAAAGGAGGCAAAGUAUACAAACUCUACUCCCUUUUUUUGGUUGGAAUCAUCUCUUCCCUUUUUUCUUCUUUUCUUUUUCAAUAUAUAUAUAUAUAUAUAAAUAUAUAUUUUGAGGGUUUAUAGACAAGGCUGACAAAAUGUAUACAAAAGGCUGGCUAAUGUUUCCCGUAGAGAGUACAGGGUUUGGAGGUUCCAGUACAGAAAAAAAGAAAGAAAAGGGCGAAUAACGUGGCUUUGCGUUUGCAAAUAUUACACCAACUUCUUCUUCACCUCCUCCUCCACAUGCUUCUUCCGAGUUCCAAGUAAUUUUUAAAUGCUUUUUUUUCCCUUCUUUUUUUGAGCUUUCUGUGUAGUUCUUUAAAGAUGAAUCAUGAUGUACUAUUAGAGUAGAUUAGACGAUUCCCUAUAUCAAAUUCUAAGAAUCCAAGUUCUUUACAAUCAAUGAAAAUGUCAAAACAAAAAAAAAAGCACUUUCUUUGUAUAUCAUUAAUCUAAUUCUAUCCCUUUUGUUUCAUUC